GUGAAAUCCCGCUGACCUCUGUCCGGCCAGGCGGCGCUUCCGGCUUCUUUGUCUCGGCCUCAAACAUUUCGACACUCCGGCUGCUGUUUUCUUGCUCUGCUUCUGAGGAUAUAUCCACACAUAUAUCCGCUUUUUUCUGACAGUGGAUGACCGUCGACUCUGAGCUAUUUAUGCCUAAAAGUAAAGCGCCUAAGAUGGACGACCUGGACUACAUCCCAGUAGACCUGAGCCCAGAGGAGCGCUCGGAGCUGGAGGACAUCCGGCGGAGGAAGGGCGUCCUGCUGCAGGAGAUCCAGAGGCUGAGGGAGGAGCUGAGGGAAGCCAUCCUGGAGGUGGAGGGUCUGGAGACCAGCACAGAGGGCAGUAAAACUCUACAGAAAAGCCGACAUGUGGCAAUGGGGAGGAAGAAGUUCAACAUGGACCCAAAGAAGGGAAUCGUGUUUCUGGUGGAGAACGAGCUGCUCAGACACACACCAGAGGACAUCGCUCAGUUCUUAUACAAAGGAGAAGGACUCAACAAGACGGCCAUCGGAGAUUAUCUGGGAGAAAGAGACGACUUCAACAUCAAAGUCCUGCAGGCCUUCGUCGACCUCCACGAGUUCACUGAUCUCAACCUCGUCCAGGCCCUCAGGCAGUUCCUGUGGAGCUUCCGUUUGCCUGGAGAAGCCCAGAAGAUCGACAGGAUGAUGGAGGCCUUCGCUCAGAGAUACUGCCACUGCAACCCCGGCGUCUUCCAGAGCACCGACACGUGUUAUGUUCUGUCCUUCGCCAUCAUCAUGCUGAACACCAGCCUCCACAAUCCCAACGUGAGGGACAAACCUGGCGUUGAUCGAUUCAUCUCCAUGAACCGAGGCAUCAACGAGGGUGGCGACCUGCCAGAGGAGCUGCUCAGAAAUCUGUAUGAAAGCAUCAAAAACGAGCCUUUCAAGAUCCCCGAGGACGAUGGCAAUGACCUGACGCACACCUUCUUCAACCCCGACAGAGAGGGCUGGCUGCUGAAGCUGGGGGGACGAGUUAAAACCUGGAAACGUCGAUGGUUCAUCCUCACAGAUAACUGCCUUUAUUACUUUGAAUACACCACAGAUAAAGAACCUCGAGGAAUCAUUCCUUUGGAAAACCUGAGCAUCCGGGAGGUAGAAGACCCCAGAAAACCUAACUGCUUUGAGCUCUACAUCCCCAACAACCGCGGCCAGCUGAUCAAGGCCUGUAAGACGGAGGCUGAUGGGAGGGUGGUGGAGGGAAACCACAUGGUUUACCGGAUCUCCGCUCCCACACCUGAGGAGAAGGACGAGUGGAUCCACAGCAUCAAGUCGGCCGUCAGCGUGGAUCCAUUCUACGAGAUGCUCGCCGCCAGGAAGAAGCGUAUUUCUCUGAAGAAGAAGGAGGAGCAGCCGUAGAUCUCAGCCUCGUCCUCUUCCCGUCUUCCUCCAUUCCUGCUCCUCAACUUCCUGUUCGGACGUUUCGUUAACCUCCUCCUCUUCCUGCUGCGAGGAUUUCCUGUUAGCCCGACCUUCUGGUUCUCACACUACCGCUGUUAAACACUAAACUCAGUCUUAACUUCUAACACGCCGUUCUGUCACUCAGCUUCAGGUAAAAACUCUUCGACCACAUUCACACUGGAGAUGAUCAGAUCCUCAUGAAGGAUUUAAAAACAUUGUUUCAGGUGGAAACUAAUUCAGAGAAGUUCGAUAUAUUUCCAAAGCACAAAAGUGAAGAAGUAAAACAAUGAAAGACAAAACUGAAUAAAACUCCUAAAAUAAUACAAAUAAAACAACACAAUAAUACAUAAAGACAGGAUGUCCACUUAGAUCAGGAGAGUCAAACUCAUCUUAGUCCAGGUUCCACAUCCAGUCCAGUUUGAUCUCCAGUGGACCAGACCAGUAAAACCAGUAAAACCACAGCAGAAUAACCUAUAACUAACUACAACUCCUAAUGGUUCCUUUGUUUUAGUGCAGAAAAAGUACAUUCUGAAAAUAUUCACAUGUAAACAAGACAAAAUAUUCCCAAAAUGACAAAAAUGUGACUAAAAAGUUACAAAGCGACAAAAAAUUGACAAAAACUAGACAAAAUAUUGCAAAAACAAGAUAGAAAAUGACAAAAACGAGACACAAGAUGAAAGAAAACUAGACAAAAUAUUCCAACAACUAGACACAAAUUGACAAAAAUGAGACAAAAUAUUACAAAAAUGAGACACAAAAGAACAAUGAACAAUCUAGUAUUUUACUUUCUGAUCAAAACAACUUGUCAUGGUCUAGAAAUGAUUUUAAAUUUAUAGUUUUACUAAUUUACAAUCUGCAGUUAAUGUCUUCUCUGUAAUUUUUACACUUUAAGUACUGGAUUGGACCCUGUGGAGGGCCGCUUUUGGCCCGUGGGCCGCAUGUUGGACACCCCUGGUCUAAAGGCUUCAUGUCAAAUUUAGAUUUAUAGCGAAGUGUUAUUCAAUCAACAGUUUUCUUCUGUCUAAAAAUAAUUUUUUAUGUCCAAAAUGAUUCAUACCAUUGAGCUUGCCACAAAUGUUCAAUAGGAGUUCUUCUCAUUUCAGCUUUUAUAGCAGCAUGAACGUUCAGAAGGAAAUCUGGAGAUGCUAAUUGAUCUGCUCUGGUGUGGAUGUGGUUCCUGUUUGUUCUGGGUAGCAGUGGCUCAUGAAGUCCUCGUUAAUUCUAGGUUCAAUAAUGAGGUUUUCCACUGCAGGAACUUCUGAAGCUUUGAGCGUGUUCGGACCUUAACAACAAAAACCACCUGUAGAAUCUCUUUAAGUGCCAUUUUCAGGUGAGAUAAACGGACCUAAAAGUUAAAUCUGGAGAAGACAAAAGGCUCGGUUUGUCUGUUCUGGUUGCAGUUUUCUCCCCCAGCAUAUAAACUUCUCUGUUUCCUGCAUCACUAAUAGUAUUUGUUGUUUUGCUGCUCUUUGUUGGAUUCUGUGCCGCAACAGAAACUGAAAAACUGAGAUUCCUGCAGUGGAAAUGAUUUAGAAAAUGCCUUUUUCUUUUUUUGUGUUAAUGUGAAUUCAGUAUUGAAACACUGGGUUUUAAGUUCACAUCACUGCUGAGGUACUGUGAGGAAAAAACGUCAUUUACUGUAUAUUUCCACAACGCUUUUAUCGCCAAGAGGCGUAAAGUUAGCGGAGACGCUUUAAUAAGCAGUUUACCGAGACGAUACUUUAACUUUAGCAUGUUUCUGAACAUGUCCGAGCAAUAGCCGAAGUAGAAACUAGUCUGGAGGCUUGUUAACGAACCCUUAAUAACACUAAUACUGAGCAGUUUGUUCAUCAUCAGACGUUAGCUGUUAGCAUGCCACACCUGUCUCACCUGUCCGUUUAGGAAUCACAAAGGCAGCUCAUCACGAUGUACACUUUCUGUAAAUAGACGUUAGCAUAUUUGUUUACGACACACAUAGAAAUGAUUUAAUUUAUUCUUUAUCUUUUGUUCAGAUCUGAUUUUUGUACGAGCUACUGUAUGCAUUACUGCAUGUCGACCAGCGGGGGCGUCGCUGGUUACGCUAGUGCACUGAUUUGAGAAGUGUUAGUGUUCUUUGUUGACUGCAUAAACUGCAAAAACUGCAUUUAUACUUCCGUUCAAAGGUUUGAGGUUGCUUAGAAAUGUCAAAAGCAGUUUUUUCCCCCAAUGAAUCUAAAACCCAGAUCUGGACGCCUGGAAUCCAGGCGUCCAGAUUCUGAAUGACUGUUCUAGCUGGAAACGGCUGAUUUUUAUUGGUUAAUUCAGACUAGAGGGUUAGGGUUAGCGCUAAGACUGGUAUUAUUCCUGAUUAGCACAUAGCAGGGGAUAUCUGGAGAUUUUAGAACUUCUCACCAUGUUUGGGCUCAAUGGAAAGCAAUCAAAGCUCCUCAGAAGCCAGUCGCUUCUAUUUUUGAGCCUUAGAUUAAUGCAAAAUUCCAUGAAACUGACUGUUCUAAUGCUACAUUGAGUUUUCAUGGAAACCCCGAACUGUUGAACGGUGGUGCAAUGAAGAAGUCGUUGAGGUUCUUUUUAGUUUUUCUCUUUGACUAAAUCUGAAGCACAAAGUAGAGAUCAGCGAUUGGCUGUCCACAACAAGGAGCACUAACGGACGUUCAUUAUCUAAUAGUAAAAGUCUAAUAAUGAAUCGGUUUAGAUUUGUGUCCAGUGAUAGAUUCUUUUGCUUGACAGUUCCUGAACUCGUAGUUUGAUGAAUCGGCUUCUUAGCUGGUAGGAAGAUUAAACCGUCUACUGCACUUUAUCAAUUUUAGCAUUUUGGAGAAAAUGCUGUUACUCUGACUGACGAUACUCUGAGGCCAGCGUUAAACUGACAGCGUCUGCGAGUGUACGGAGGUCUGCCAGAUGGAAGCUUCGUCGUCUAUGAAUUCACAAAUGUCCGACAUAUACGGCGACAACGCUACGAGGGCAACGGUGGCCAUGCAUGGACUACGUAGAUCCAUCCAACCGCAAUCGACCGCAACAGGAAAAUAGUAAAAUAAUUAUCAGGAAUGUUUUUGAUUAUGAAUCUUCCCAGUAUUGGACAUUAGAUAGACAAUAUAAGAGCUUAAUUCAGACUACAGGGUUAGGGUUAGCACUAAAACUGGUAUUAUUCCUAAUUAGCACAUAGCAUGAGAUAGCUGGAGAUUUUAGAACUUCUCACCAUGUUUGGGCUCGAUGGAAAGCUUAAUUUGUAAAUAAUUUCUGCCAUAGCGAACACGAAACUUACGUGGCUGAUCAGCUGUGAUUGAAAAAAAUUUCAGAUAUUUUGCACUUUUCCAAUUAAGUUUGUUGUUAUUAACAGAUUAUCUAAAUAAAACAACUUAAAUUACUUAGAUUAGCAAGGGAUAUCUGGAUAUUUUACAACUUAUCACCAUGUUUGGGCUCGAUGGAAAGCAGUUAAAGCUCUUCAGUUCUAUUUUUGAGCCUUAAAUUAAUACAAAAUUUUAAAAAACUGCCCAGAUUUUGCAAAAAGAUGUUUUCCCGCUCUUUGAAGGUUUUGUUUUUAAAUUGAGCUCAGAAUGAAAACUAAACUUUUAAAGUCAACCGCUUCCAUUUUUGAGCCUAAAAUUAAUUCAAAAUUCAGCAAAACUGCCUGAAAUGUUUUUUUCGCGCUUUUGAGGUAGUGUUAUUUUUUUUUGUUUUUUUAAAUUGAGCUUAAUUUCUAAAUAGGUUCUGCCGUAGUGAACACUAAACUCACAUGACUGGAAAAAUGUCAGAAAGGUUGCAUUUUUCCAAUUAUUAGUGAGGCUUUUUGUUAUAAUUAACCGAUUAGCGAAAUAAACCAACUUAGAUUAGCACGGGAUAUCUGGAGAUCUUAGAACUUCUCACCUUGUUUGGGCUCAAUGGAAAGCAGUCGAUGCUCUUCCCAAGUCCUGCAGCGACUACUUUAAUUACAACUAUGAUUAAUUAUGAAUUAUUUAGACAUGGAAGAUGGAGAAUCUCUUAAAAACAAACUUUUCCUGGUUCUUGCAGUUGACUCGCUUGUGAAAUUUCGAGCGACUGAAGUUCCGUCUUGCAGACUCGUGGAAGCAGAAAGCAUGAAUUUACCCUCUCUAGUGCCCUCUACUGGUAGAAUCUCUCACUGCAAUAUGCUGAAGGAUGGACUCAUUACCACCACCUUCUGGUGAGUUCUCCACCAACAUGUACUGUAUCUGCUGAUCCUCCUGUUCUCAGACAGAUCUGGGGUUGCCUUCUUUCUCCACCAGACGUUCUUCUUCCAUGUUCUGUCUGUCUGUAGGCCUUCGCUUUCUGGGGAUUCUUGAAGUGCAAAGUUGCCAAAAAAAAAUUCUUUUUUUUCCCAUUUAAACACUAAACGGAUCAGAACGAAGCUGUUUCUCCGAUUCCCUCUCACCCCCAGAGCCGCCUCCUUCAGAAAACGUCUUUAUUUUGUAUUUAUUUAUUUUUGUCGACUGUGAGGUGAAGAUGGAUAAAUCAUCUGUAAAUGUAGCAAAAGGAAAAACCACGAUGCAUCGGUGCCAGUAAACUCCUGUGUAACAAUAAAAGGUAAACAGAGAUAACCA